CCUUCCUACCAGGAAAACGCUGGAGGAGACCCACAGAGCCUCACAGCCGCGCACUGCAGAGGAGGGAGCAGGACACAAACACCACCGGGGAAUAUGUCCGCUUUCUCACGCACCGAGGGACGCGUAAACCACCGGCGCAGCGCAGUCAAUGCACAUCCACUGCCUCCGCUUUAGUCCAACAGACACACAUCGCCGUGUUUACCACUUAUGCUCUGCUGAAAUCCUCCCUGCUGCUGCUGCUUCUGGUCCAUCCCCGUCCCCUCCUCCCCUCUCUUCCUCCUCCUCCUCCUCCUGCGCUCUGCCGUCCCGUCGCCAGGAUGGACAAGACGCUCUGCAGUCCGCAUCCCGUGACCAACAAAACCAACUCUUCCUCGUCGGACCGCGGGAACUCAUCAACGAGGAAGCCCGGGAGGAGCGGGUCGCACAGCCCGGGCUCCGGCUCUCUGGGCGGCCCGGCCGGAGCAGGAGGCAGCCGGGGAGCUGUGCUGGGGAACAGCAUGAAUCUGCAGCAGCAGCAGCCGCGUAAGAGGCAGCUGGAAGGAGUGCUGAGCAAAUACACCAACCUGAUCCAAGGCUGGCAGAACAGGUACUUUGUGUUGGACCCGGAGCUGGGACAGCUGCAGUAUUUUGUCAACGAGCAUGGGAAGAGCCAGAAGCCCCGGGGGUCCCUCCCCCUGAUUGGUGCCUCGGUAACCCCGAGUGAUGAGGCUCCGCACAUGUUCAUCGUAAACUCUGUCAAUGGGGAGCUAUACAAACUCAGAGCCUCCGACGCCAAGGAGCAGCAGUUCUGGAUCAGUCAGCUCCAAGCGUGUGCCAGGCGCCACUCUGACAGCAGUGCCAAGGUGAGGAAGCUAAAGGGCUCAGAUGAACACCUGAGUGUGGAAAGAGCAGGAGGUCAGGAGGUGCUGGGCUCCUCAUCCUCUGGUAGGACCCGUAGCUUCUCCCUCCUCCCCCACCUAACCCCAUCUUCAUCCCCGGGGUCUCAGAGGCACCUGAGCCACACCGCCUCACCCAGCAACAUCGUCACCAUCACCCACCACAAAUCUCCGGCUGCAGCUCGGCGGGCCAAGAGUCUGUACCCGGGACGUCUGCUGGAGGUCAAAGAGGUGAUGUCCCAAGCCGAGGGCCAACAGAAAAACCUAGUCCAGUCCAUUGACUCUCUGCCCACCAGAGGCCCCCUCUCCUGUCUGGACCAGGACCUGCUGCUGCUCAAAGCCACGUCGGCCGCCACGCUCAGCUGCCUUGGAGAGUGCCUGAACAUCCUCCAGCAGACCCAGAGCCACAGCCAGGCACCACCUCAGUCCCAAGCUUCCCAGUGCAACUACGCCACCCACGGAGCCCCCUCCGAUGGUGUUCCUGUGUGGACUGUACCAAAGUCGCCCUCAGGGGAGCAGUUGAAGAACGGAGGUCUGACUCCUCUGCGAUCAGCCGAGCCCUCACCGGCCCUCAGGAAAAGGAGUCAAUCCCAUGGUGCUGAGCGCCACCAAGGGCUGGAAGACGUCAGCCCCAUUGAAGAGGUGACAGAUACAGAGGACAACGAAGAGGAAGACCUGGGUGUCCUGGACGACCAGCGGAGCAUCAUUCUCCACCUGCUCUCCCAGCUCAAACUGGGCAUGGACCUCACACGGGUGGUGUUGCCGACCUUCAUUUUGGAGAAGCGAUCACUACUGGAGAUGUACGCCAACUUCAUGGCCCACCCUGACAUGUUCCUGUCAAUCACAGCAGGGGCCACAGCUGAGGACCGAAUCGUCCGUUUUGUUGAGUAUUAUCUGACCGCCUUCCACGAGGGGCGGAAAGGUGCUGUGGCCAAGAAGCCCUACAACCCGGUGCUGGGGGAGACCUUCCACUGUUCCUGGGAAGUGCCUCGGGACAAAGUCAAACCUUUGGUGAGAUCAAACCAGGGGUCCUCUUGGGAGCCCAGCAGGGGCCCGAACAACACACAGCAGGGUGCUGAUUCACCAGGAGGCUGCUACAGAGUCCGAUUUGUGGCUGAGCAGGUGUCCCAUCAUCCACCAGUGUCUGGGUUUUACUGUGAGUGCCGGGAGAAGAGGAUGUGCGUCAACGCCCAUGUGUGGACCAAGAGCAAGUUCAUGGGGAUGUCUAUAGGAGUGUCCAUGGUGGGAGAAGGGGUCCUUUGUCUGUUGGAGCACGAUGAGGAGUACGUCUUCACGUUGCCCUGUGCCUACGCCCGCUCCAUCCUCACCGUGCCCUGGGUGGAGCUGGGGGGCAAAGUCUCCAUCAACUGUGUCAAGAGCGGCUACUCUGCCACCGUCACAUUUCACACCAAGCCUUUCUAUGGUGGGAAGGUACACAGAGUGACGGCAGAGGUCAAACACAACCCGACCAACACCAUCGUGUGCAAAGCCCAGGGCGAGUGGAAUGGCACGCUGGAGUUCACCUACAGCAGCGGGGAAACCAAAGUGAUCGACACGGCCAAACUCCCAGUCACCAGGAAGAAGCUGCGGUCUGUGGAGAAACAAGGGAGGACAGAAUCCAGGCGGUUAUGGCAACAUGUCACCAAGUCACUGAAGGAAGGGAACAUCGACGAGGCCACAGAGCACAAACACCGACUGGAGGAGCGACAGAGAGGGGAGGAGAGGCAGAGAGCAGCUGAUAACAAACCCUGGACACCCAAAUACUUCACUAAAGAGGCAGACAGUUGGAUCUACAACAGCCCACUGUGGAAGUCGACCUGACAGCAGAACAGCACUCUCCCCUGAUGGACAGUAACUGACAUUCUUCUUCUCCACACUGAGGUCAGAGGUCAGGAAGUCAAGCGAAGGAAGCCGAGUCCUCCAGAGACCUUCAGAGCUGAGCUAUAGACUCACAGAGUGACACUACGGAGACACAAACAGGAAACAAGCAAGGUGCCAAAGCGAUCUCAACCAAGACGUCGGUUGGAGCUCUUGGGACAAAAGUACAUUUUUAUAUACAGUUAAUAGUAUUACUAUUCAAAGUAGAGUAUUUCUAUUUUUCACCUUGCCAAGGCCUUUUUUGCACACGCACAGUAAUGAAGUUUGCCACUGGUGUUUUACUUCGUAUUUGUUUUUAAUAAUCAGUAUGUUUUCUCAGACAUUGUCGAUGUUUGGUUCCGAGCUUUUAGUUUGUAAUGCAGCGUUAGAAUGAAUCGAUACCAGUUCCCUGUAACACAUAAUACUGUAGCUGUAAAUGAGUUGUUUAUAUGAAGCACUUUUACCAUAGAAAUAAACUGAAUAUUUUAUAUUUAUGGCUUUUACCAAUCAGGGUGGUCUCUAAGAGCUUUAUGGGAAACAAGAACACCUAACCAGAUUUAGAUUUAAAAUGAGAUUUAAAUCCAGAGUUUAACAAAUGUGCGACAUUAGAUUACGUGUUAGUAUAUAUUAUUAUUCAGUACAUUACAGUGAGCUACUAGGAAGUGAAGGUCCUGAUUGUUUUGUCUGCACUAUGAAUGUAUCUGGGCACAUUUUAAUAGUAUGCUACUCUUCCAUCGUGUACUCUUACACAUGCUUUUUGUGUUUACCUUUUGAUUUUCACACGUCGCUCCAUUUAAAGUAUUUCACCCACUGAGUGAGACGCCUCUGCAUAACAGACGCUUUCCAUUACUACCUCUCACAUUCAGCUGUUUCGGCCAUUAGCUACUUCUUCCUACUCCUAAAGAAAGGAAACAAGGGUUUGUUUGUGGCAACAUGCUCCUGGGUCCUCUAAUCUUUUUUGUAUCUGUGCCCCUAAGAUGGCACUUGUGUAAUUAGGCAUCCCCUGCCUCCCGAAGUUAAUGCUUCUCCUUAGGUCGCCCGUAGUGAUGAAUAUGGAUGAGGAGGCUUGCAGAAACACACAAUCAUGUUCUCACAUCUGGGGUUCGCUGGAAGGUUGCCUCUGUGAAGAUGAGAGGAUAAUCUGGCAGAAUAACAAUGACUGGGAGCUGGCAGCACAUAUUCACACACUUGUGGUCAGUUUUCAAACAUAAUGGCUUUUCUAAACAGAUUAACAGUAUAUCCACCUUAUGUCCUUCACUGAAAAUGUAUUUUUUAUGGCCUUAUAUAUUUUUUCACAUAAACUUCUCACUGCUCAUUCAGUACAUAAAUUUCCAGAUAGCAUUUUAAAGCCAGGUGAAUUUACCAGAUGCCUAUUUGUAGCGUAUGUCAUGACCGUACAUGACAUUUACAUGACAGUAUAGAGAACCUGCAGCCAUUUCAACAACUGUUCAACAACACUCGCCUUACAUGAAACCUUUUUUCUUCCUGUUUUUAAAUCCAAAAGGAUCCAGACUCAUUGAAGUAGAGUGAUGGUGACUGAAGGAGGGAUUGUCCAUCAAUAAAGACCUUAUACCUUUCUUUAAUGAAACAUGUGUUGUCAUGAUGUCCUGAAUGUACAUCUCCUAUCAUGUCCUGCAUCAAUGUGAUUAGUCAUGAAUUGUAAACUGCUAUUCCUCGUUCACUCCACAGGUAGAGGACCUAUGCAACAUCUCGUUUGUCAUCACUUCCAUUAAAGCAGGAACUGUCUGAGAUCACUUUCUUUUAAUAAAUGUGC